AUGUCGGGUCGACGCCGCGCCGGAGAAGGUCAAGGCGCUUCGCCGGUCAUUCGCGUCGACGAUCUGGAGCGGCGCUUCAGGCGGUGGAGGCGGCGGGUGGCGCUAUCGUCGUGCCGAUCUUCGCUUUUUCCCGGCGGGCGGCGGUUUUACCGCGAUAUCGACGGGCAUGAACUGCGGCGAUGCAGCCUGCGUAACCUCAGCGCUCCAGCAGGCGCGGCAUCGCCCGACGAAGUUGCAGGGCGGUGGCGGUUGUCGAGUUGGUCGCGCAGGAUGCCGUUCCGGGCAUCCUUGACCGCCUAUCGAGCCCGGCAGCGCGAAGAUAUAGGUGCCGCGCGCGACACCAGGUUGCAGGCCCGCGACUGGAUGGUCGAGGUGCUGGAUUGUCUGGAAGCUGAGCCAGCCGGGAAGAGUUCGCCGAAGCCCGGAUUAUCUUGGUCGCGACUCGCUCGACGGCCUCGGGGAUGCAGUCGAUGCUCUCAUCAUCGAUCCAGCGUGAAGCUGCGCGGACGAUAUGAUCAACAUCGUCGCGCAGGAUGGCGCGCGCUCCAGCCGAUUCGUGCCUGGCCUCGGUCAGAAGGCCGUAGCGUGUCGCCUGAACGGUCCUCCGCCAGCGAGCGCGUGUCGGAGACGGUCAGGACCGCGAUGCGGACGGGGGUGAAAUUGGCGAGCGGUAUCCGAUCGGCAUGGCGGUGGAACGUCCGCGGCGGGUUUUUGGGCGGGUGGGGCGGGCCUUCGACUUCGCUCAGCGCGAACGGAGGUGUAGGUUGCUUAUGGCGCGAAGCCGGUUCUGCGUCCAACCGCAGCGUGGGCAUGGACUUCACGACUUCGCUCAGCGCGAACGGAGGUUCAGCCGCUUAUUCUUGGGUCUGCAUACUUCCGCCACCGUUCGCCCUGAGCGAAGUCGAAGGCCAAGGGAAUCCCUCCCGGCCCGUAUCCGAUCAAUUCGCUUGGGCAGCGCCGUAUUCGACUGCGGGUCGACCGUCGCAUUCAGUGCGAUCGUCGUCCCGCGACGCUCGCCUGCGUAACAUUAAAGCGCUGCAGCCGCACCGCCGACGCCCCGGCAAUCCAGGGAAAGCGCGCCCAUAG